AUGCUGUCCCGCCGACUUUUCACCCAGGCCGUCCGCUCGGGCGUGCCUCGUGCCCCAAUGGCCUCCGUCCGAUACUACGCCACGCCCGCGUCCGGCCCAUCGACGAAACCUCCCGUCGCCCUGUUCGGCAUCGAUGGAACCUAUGCCAGCGCUCUCUACACCGCGGCCGCCAAAUCCUCCUCCCUCGAACCGGUCUCGAAGGCGCUGGAGACGCUGGCCGCCGUCCUGAAGAAGGACGCCAAGCUGCAGAACAUCCUCGCAUCGCCGACCCUGACCCCGAGCGAUAAGCAGGCGCUCGCCGCCGAGCUGCAGAAGCAGUCCGCGUCGGCGGAUAAGGACAACAUCGUGAAGAACUUCUUGAUCACCCUGGCCGAGAACAACCGCUUGGGGGUGUUGGAGCCUGUGUGCGAGAAGUUCGGGCAACUGAUGAGCGCCUACCGGGGAGAGGUCGAGCUGGUUGUCACGAGCGCGGCGCCCCUUGACCAGAAAGUUCUCAAGCAACUUGAGGCUGCGGUUGCCAAGUCGCAGUACAUUCAGCAAGGCCAGAGACUAAAGGUGGUCUCUAAGGUGAACCCUGACAUUCGUGGAGGUCUCGUGGUAGAAAUCGGAGACAGGACGAUUGAUGUGAGCGUGUCGGCCAAGAUGGCACGCAUGAACAAGCUCUUGAAAGAUACUCUUUAAGCGAUCUGUAGAUUCCGCAGCUCGCGGCUUACUAGACCGGCUUUUCUAUUGUAUGUACUUGUAGGAGAAGCAAAGUCGCCAACGCUUUCAAACUACCCGGUCCCAAGCAUUCAUGUGCGUGUAGGAUGAACUUUGUGUGUUUCUCGUAGUCCUAGGGCUAUAGGUGAACGAGUCUUAUGCACUUGGAAUGUCUAUGAAAUAGUUCAUCACAAGGUAUCUCCUUCGCUACUUGUGUUGAAUUAAAGCACCCCUUCACAAACACCCAGUACAACUGCCCCUAAAUC